AUGCAAACCAAUACCUUCCUACCGCCCGUGCCAGUUUCCCGGCGCUAUGACUGGCUCUUGGAUGCACGAGAUGAAGACGAUACUGAAACAGUGCCUGUUCUUGAUCAAGGCAGACGAGCAAACUUGGGAACGACACCCAACGGUCCUUCAACGAGUCCAGUCAUUGUAGCAGAAAAGGAAAAUACAGCACCCUCCCUUCGUCCCAAGUUGGCCCCAGUCAUCAUCCCAACGUCCCAAUCGCAUGCCCUCCUCACCCCGCCUGCAUCUCCAGUGCCACACUCAAAAGUUUCAGUCAACCGGCAUCCGAUUCUUCACAAAUGGACAGGAUCUUGUGAUUGUACACUGUGCAGAAAGGCUCAAGAUGGAGUCAUGGUCGUAUCCACAUCUACUCCACAACUACGCUCAGUUCGAUCGGCUUUAACUGUUUCAAAUCCCAAAACGGUCGUUCUACGCAAACGAUACUCUGACAUUUGGUCUUCUAAACCGUCUUUUCAUCCAUCAACGGGCCAGGAGCAAGAUCAGGAUCAUGUACAGGACUACCUACAACCAACAUCUGCAGCUUCAUUCCCAUCCGACUUUUCCUCCAACUCUAUCCCAACAUUAGAUCGACAUGUUUACAUGGCGCAGUGGAUGCGUGUUCUUGAUGAUGCUGCUCGAUUAGCUGCUGAGGCCGAGCAAUGGAGAUUGGCAGGAUCUGCUCUCCAGCAUCCACUUUCCCGAUAG